UGUGAGACAAUCGGCUGCUACUGGAGAGAGAGAAGACAGCUGAGGCUGAGAUCCUGCAGGAGCUGCUUCGCCUCACUGUCGUGGACCUCAGAGAGACAGAAGAAGCCUGAAAUGGACGACAAUAUGGAUACCAAAUCCAUUCUAGAAGAACUGCUUCUCAAAAGAUCACAGCAAAAGAAGAAAAUGUCACCCAAUAAUUACAAGGAGCGCCUUUUUGUUUUAACGAAAACAAGCCUUUCCUACUAUGAAUAUGACAAAAUGAAACGAGGAAGCCGAAAAGGAUCGAUAGAAAUUAAGAAAAUCAGAUGUGUGGAAAAAGUCAACCUAGAAGAACAGACACCUGUGGAGAGACAGUACCCAUUUCAGAUUGUGUAUAAAGAUGGGCUUCUCUACGUCUAUGCAUCAAACGAAGACAGCCGAAGUCAGUGGUUGAAAGCACUGAAGAAAGAGAUACGGGGCAACCCCCACCUGCUGAUCAAGUACCACAGUGGCUUCUUCGUGGACGGGAAGUUCCUGUGCUGCCAGCAGAGCUGCAAAGCAGCCCCGGGAUGCACUCUCUGGGAAGCAUAUGCUGAUCUGCACAUUGCAAUUAGUGAGGAGAAACACAGAGCCCCUACUUUCCCAGAGAGGAUACUGAAGAUUCCUCGGGCAGUUCCUGUUCUCAAAAUGGAUGCGUCAUCCUCAAGUGCCACUCCGCCCCAACAUGACAGCCACUCAAAGAAAAGUUAUGGCUCCCAGCCAACCAUCAACAUACGCUAUAUUCCAAGGGAAGACUGCCCUGACUGGUGGCAAAUAAGAAAACUGAAAAGUGAGGAAGAUGCUGCCAGCAGUCACCAAGAGGAAAGAAAUAUUGUAUAUCACAACACCUCAAAGAUGUCCUGGGGAUUCCCCGAGUCGAGUUCAUCUGAAGAAGAGGAAAAUCUGGAUGAUUAUGACUGGUUUUCUGGGAAUAUCUCCAGAUCACAAUCUGAACAAUUACUGAGGCAAAAGGGAAAAGAAGGAGCCUUUAUGGUUAGAAAUUCCAGCCAGGCGGGAAUGUACACUGUGUCCUUAUUUAGUAAGGCUGUGAAUGAUAAAAAAGGAACUGUCAAACAUUACCAUGUGCAUACUAAUGCCGAAAAUAAGGUCUACCUGGCCGAGAACUACUGCUUCGACUCCAUCCCAAAGCUCAUACACUAUCACCAACACAACUCAGCAGGCAUGAUCACACGGCUCCGCCACCCAGUGUCAACCAAGGCCAACAAGGUCCCGAUGUCUGUGGCUCUAGGAAGCGGAGUUUGGGAGCUGAAACGAGAAGAGAUAGCCCUGUUGAAGGAGCUGGGAAGUGGCCAGUUUGGAGUGGUCCAGCUGGGCAAGUGGAAGGGGCAGUAUGAUGUGGCUGUAAAGAUGAUCAAGGAGGGCGCCAUGUCAGAAGAUGAAUUCUUUCAGGAGGCCCAGACCAUGAUGAAACUCAGCCAUCCCAAGCUGGUUAAAUUCUAUGGAGUGUGUUCGAAGAAAUACCCCAUCUACAUAGUAACUGAGUAUAUAACCAACGGUUGCUUGCUUAGUUACCUGAAGAGUCAUGGGAAGGGACUGGAGACCUCCCAGCUCUUGGAAAUGUGCUACGAUGUCUGUGAAGGCAUGGCCUUCUUGGAGAGCCACCAGUUCAUACAUCGGGAUUUGGCUGCACGGAACUGUUUGGUGGACAGUGACCUCUCUGUGAAAGUCUCAGACUUUGGAAUGACAAGAUACGUUCUUGAUGACCAGUAUGUCAGUUCAGUAGGAACCAAGUUUCCAGUCAAGUGGUCGGCCCCAGAGGUGUUUCACUACUUCAAAUACAGCAGCAAGUCAGAUGUAUGGGCGUUUGGGAUCCUGAUGUGGGAGGUGUUUAGUCUGGGGAAGCAACCCUAUGACUUAUAUGAUAACUCCGAGGUGGUUGUGAAGGUCUCUCAGGGCCACAGACUCUACCGGCCCCAGCUGGCAUCCGACACCAUCUACCAAAUCAUGUACAGCUGCUGGCAUGAGCUUCCAGAAAAGCGGCCCACAUUUCAGCAGCUCCUAUCUGCCAUAGAACCACUUCGGGAACAAGAUAAACCAUGAAGAGAAACUUGGGACUACUGAAGGGAAUGAGUAUAAAUGUUGACCAACACUCUCACUCCUUUUAAGGGAAGUAGAAAGGCACAAUGUGAUUUAACUAGUUAAUAAUGUCUGAUGUGUUGUUUAUCUCUUAUAUUAGUUACAAAAAAGGGAGAAAACAAGAUAUUUUUUGAAAUUUUGAUCAAAUU